AUGGCGCUCCCCGACGACAAGGAGCUCGAGUCCAUAUUCGGCGAUGCCAUCGACCUCACCACCUUCAAGCAGAUUCUCGAGAUGGACGAGCCUGGCGACAACGAGUUCAGCUCGUCCAUCGUUUUUGGCUUCUUUGAGCAAGCCGAGGAGACGUUCGAGUCUAUGGACACGGCCCUGAGCGACAAGGAUCUCGAAAAACUAUCAGAGCUCGGGCAUUUCCUGAAAGGCUCCUCCGCGACACUGGGGUUGAUAAAGGUCCGAGACGGUUGCGAAAAGAUUCAGAGAUACGGCAAGCAGGAGAACCUCGACGGCUCUCCGGAGCCAGACGCUGCUGUGUGCCUAGCACGCGUUCAGGAGGCGCUCACAGCGGUCAAGUCUGACUACGAAGAGGUCGAGACGGGACUCAGGAAAUUCUACAAAGAGGAUGAGGAUGAGUAG